GUGUGAAGUGUUUCCAUUUGCUUUCCUGCUUAACCCCUCUGCCAUAUCAGUUGCUCUUUCUGUUGCUCCUCUCUGUAACUGUCUUAAUGCAAGCCAUAUUUUUUUCUUUAUUCUUCUAUCUCCACGCAGCAGGAUUCUGUCAGCCUGCACCCCACUCCCUACCCCACAUUCUUUCCUUCCCUGCCCACCCUUGCUUCAGUUUCAUCCAUGGGGAGGUUUGUAUUAAAAGUGCUGGGGCUUCAUCCUGGAAAACCUAUUUUCUUGCUAGUGCUUCAACAACCCAGCAUACAGAUCCACUGGUUGCAGCGCUCGUCAGGUUAUUUUAUGAGAUAAAUAAUUUGUUAGAUCCAGACUUGUUUUUUUUCUCACCUCUCUCUCUGAUUGAAUUUAUUUAUAGCUCCUACUGGUUAAGAUGGAAAAACAGUGAUUGCUGCCAAUCACACACGUGUUCUUACAUUACAUUUUAGUCCUUUUUGCUUUUUGAUCUUACCAGUUAUUAUUUCUUUGCAGUUUCUCACUACUCCAUUGUCUGAAAGUCCAUGUCCAUGCAUCUAAUUUUUGAAACAUCAGCCUCUCCUAAAAGGAUGAAGGGUUGAGGUGAACUGAGUAGGAUUUGGCCCUUCUAGCUGUGAAGAGACUAAUACAUAAUGUACAGUGGUUACUGGGUGAAAAAUAUCCCUUUUGUUAGUACUGUAGUAAAAGGUUGUCAUAUUGUAAGUCUAUUCUCAUCUAGACAACCAGUUUACAGCUUUAUUUUGCAGAUCACUCGUGUUGCUGUUUUUACUUUGAAGGGUAGAUCAGGCCUCGGUUUGUUUAAUAGCUUCUAGAUCUAGAGAUAUGAUAAAACAUGUCUUCAGUUUCUGUAAGGCUUGUUCCGUAUUCUUGUACAAUAAAUUAUUAUUCUCCUGUGUCACCUAGAAACCCCAGCAGAGGUUGGAAUCCAAUUUGGCUGAAAAGUGGUAAAGAAGGAGUUUCUGUCCUGAAUAGAUUAUAUUCUAAAUGAGGAGAAGUUUUAAAAUUACUUCCAUUUGUUCCAAUGGCAGUAAGUGGUUGCAAUCUGUUGAGCAAAUCCACAUCUUAUAUAUAUGAAAAGAGGAGUGAUGCACGUAUACUUAUGUACAAUGACAGCUGUCUGAAUUGAGUAUUUGACUGUGCAGUAGGCUAGAAUUUUCAAGGUUUUGUACCUUGCUGAAGUUCUGCAUUCUCUUGUGAGUACGUGUUUACACAUUCACAAAACGCACUCCUUUUAUAAAUUAGCUCUUUGUGCCUGGAAGAAGCCUUUGUCUGUGAGGAAUCACUUUUUGCUCUUCAGUUACUUUUUAGUGACAAAGUGAGGUUACUAAAACUGUGCCUACUGUCUUGUUUCUGCCAAAAAUGUUGGGAAGUUGGUUGCUUUGUUGGUUGGAGCUCCCCUGCCUAGGUACCUACUGCUGUUAUGAGAUCUUCUGUUCCCUUACAUAAGAGAGCCAUGGUGCCUUGUGCCUACUUUGGGUUCCUGCUGCAGCUGUCAGGAUUUAUUACUGCUGCUGGUGUGGGGAUAUUGGCAAUAUGCAACGCACACUUUAGAGCUUUUCUAUCUGGAACUGCCUGGCAGCUAACCGCGAAGCAAACAAUUUGGCAAAUAAGGAUUCUUGUUUGAGUGCUGUCACUGGAAAGAUACAAACAGAGAUUCAGGUAAUGUUAACUGUAACACAGUCGAUGUGACUUGCUGUGUAUUUUACUCUAAUUAUUUUCUGUCAUUUCCCUUUGACUACGAAAGUCAGUAACUGAACUGUUCUGCACUGUUCUGCACCUGUGUGCUUUUAGCUGCUGGUAGUACGACUGAACUAAUAUGCUGAAGUCAGAUGGGUUGUGUAGUUCCGUAUAACUGAAAGGGUAUUUUUAGAAGGGGAAAAGAGUGUACAGAACUGGAAAAAAAAAAAAAAAAAAAAAGCUAAAGUUUUCCUUUAAGAGUGAUUGAUCUGACAGUGCAACAUUGCUUGUACUUCAGAACACAAAGGGACUGAUUAUUAACCCAUUACUUUCAUCUUCUAAUAGGAAGAAAAAUUGUCUUUUUUAUGCAUCUGAGGUAGAUGAUAAGGUGAUGAAUGUCUGUAACAUUUACUGUUUCACGUCCCACUAGUUUCUAAUGCUCCUUGGUGUUCUGAAUAUAGACUCAAAAGAUUUUCAGUUCUACUCAAUCUACCUUCUCUGUUUCCCACAUAAUGUUGUUACUAUUGCAAGUUCAUAGAUAGACAUAAAUACAAUAGCAGUAUUUUUGUUUUACAUGCUGCAGUGCUGUGUAAAAGCCAGCUAACAUACUUUUCACCUUGAAAUAGGUUAAUGGCUGCUGGCACUGCCGUGAUAAGGUUAAACCCCUCUGCCUUUUGUAGGGCGAAGUCAACAGUGUAUCCUGUAUCCUCUCUAACAAGACAGGGCUGUUCUGUGCUAUUCACUUUCAUCCUGCGUCUUGAGAGAUAAGUCUAUCUGAGGCUUUGUGCUGGGAGAAUGUUUCCUUGAUGUUCACCCCCUAUGGUUUUACCUUUUUUUUUUUUUUUUUUUUUUUUUAAUUUAACAGAAUCCUUCAUCCCUUGCCUUAUUUAAUUGUAUCCCUCCUGGGUGUUUUGGUAUCUGUGUACUACUAAUUGUAUGGUCCCUGCAACCAUUCCUGCAAAAAACAGUCAAAUUUCCACAUUAGAGUGUAAGACCUUCAAAAAUUAUCAGAGCACUGAUUACUUUUUCCCCCACUAAAAUCAGUGCUCUUCUGAUAAUAAAACACCAAGAAUUUGAGAACGCUGGUUGUCUGAUUUUCUGCAGAUGCUGAACAUUGCAUUGUUCUUUUUUUAUAUCAUACUGUGUUGCAACUUCUUGUUUAAAUUUUGCCCUGUCAUGCUUUCGCUACUGCAUUCUUCUGUGAAUGUUCUGUAUCUGUACACUAGCACAUACAUGUUCUGUUUUGUGUGUUGUUAAUAGCUCCUGCUUCCUACUUAUUCUUGUAUAUCACUUUUACUAAUUGGUUAUUCCCUUCCCUUCCAGGCUAGAUCAGUCUACGUGAGCUGGUCCAGUUUUUCUUUUCCUUCAGACAUUUGUCACUACCUUCCCAUUCAAACAGUUGUAAGCCUUCUAAUCUUGAUUUGAAUUGAUUCUAAUUUUUAACAAUUCAUAAAAUAGUUUUAAACAUUUAUCAAAGCAUUCUUUUUUUUUUUCACCCAGUACAUAUUUUCCCCUCUUUGAGGGUAGAACAGCUAAACUUGCUUGCUGCUUCUGGCUCUUAAAUGCUCUGAUAUUCAUAUUUGUAUGUCUUAAUACAACUAAGUUAUAGCAUAACAAAUGUAAACUCUGUGGGUGUGUUUUAAUGUUGUGUUGGGAAAGAAUACGUAAAACAGUUUUAUCCAUUUUUAGCAGGUAGGCAGGCUUGUGCUUAUCUGUCCCUGGUCUUGUGGCAUAGUAUGGAUUUGACAUCAUCACAACAUAAUCAUCUGCAUAAUGAACAGAGAAGAAAAUUAGAAAGACAAGCAGGGGAAAAAGAAGAUGAACAAAUAGUCACUGAAAUAAUGAGAAGGCGUUUUUUUCCUGAUGUUAUAACUUACAAGGCCUGGGAAGGCUUUCACUUUGCUGGCCAUGAGAUAAGGAUUACAGAAGCCACUGAUUGUUAUGGGGCAGUCGUCUGGCCAUCGGCUCUUGUUCUGUGUUAUUUUUUGGAAACCAAUUCUAAACAAUACAAUUUGGUUGACAAAAAUGUGAUUGAAAUUGGAGCUGGAACUGGGUUGGUCUCCAUAGUAGCCAGUUUACUGGGUGCGCUUGUGACUGCCACUGAUUUGCCAGAACUGCUGGGAAACCUUCAGCACAAUGUUCUCCAAAAUACAAAACUGAAAUGCAAGCACCAGCCUUGUGUCAAGGAGCUGUCUUGGGGAAUUGAUCUGGAAAAAAACUUUCCCAGAGAUUCAUGUCAUUUUGAUUACAUUAUGGCUGCUGAUGUAGUUUACCACCAUCCCUUCCUGGAUGAGCUCCUACUAACUUUUGACCACUUGUGCAAGAAUGACACUGUUAUUAUCUGGGCUAUGAAGUUUAGGCUGGACAAAGAGAACCAAUUUGUGGACAGAUUUCAGACACUCUUUGACUUAGAGGUGAUUUCUAAUUUCCCUAGUCUGAACAUAACCCUGUAUAAAGCAAUGAGGAAAGGCAGGAUGAAAGUCAGAACUUCCAAACUGCCUGUCUGAAAAAGAGAUACAUGGGGGUGAUUGUCUCAGAUGCUUUGUAGCUUGUUAUCUUUUUAAAAAUUUCCACAUAACUAGUUGCCUGCUUCUGCACGAAUGACAUUUUUAAAGCAAGUUAGAGCAAAACAUUGGUUUUCCAGUGCAUCUCCACAGAAUUCCUAAAUUCAAUUUGCUGAUAGUUUUAUACAUGGAAGAGAUGUAUUUCUGAUGUUUUCUUGACUUUUAUGUGAUUAUUAGACAAAACUAAUAACUUUCACAAGUCUCACUAUUAUUUUUAUGGGAUGUGCAAUGAAUAUUUCCAUUAGCUUUCAAAUUCAGUUGUAAACAGUGUCUUAUGAGAUCAACCAAUCUUUGGAAGAUUUACUACAGUCUUACAUUUUGUAUUUAAUAGGUAUGAUGUUAAAUCUGUCUUUCCUCAUUCCCACCACAGUGUGCAAGUCCUUCCUUCAAAUGGCCUUUACACGACAUUAAGUUAACUGAAAGGAAAAAUGGGAGAUAUAGUAUCUUAAUAAGGGGAGAGAGAGUAUUAGUUACUCCUUGAUUUAAUGAUUAUGCUUUCAUAGAAUCAUAGAAUGGUUUGAGUACCUUUAAGAUCAUCUGGUUCCAACUCCCUUGCUAUAGGCAGGGACACCUCCCACUAGACCAGGUUGCUCAAAGCCCCAUCCAGCCUGGCCU